AUGUGUCUAUGCAUGUACUUUACAUGUUGCAAGCUGCGAUACUAUAUGUUGCCGGUCGUAGUGUAUGUAUUGUCUCAGACCGAUAUCAUUAAGUAUAUCUUAUCAAAACCAUACCUAAGGAAUCGGAUUGGGAAAUGGGCGAUUGCGAUGUCCGAAUUCACAUUGGUAUAUGUUCCCCAAAGAGCAGUGAAAGGACAAGUGUUGGCAGAUUUCUUGGCCGAUCACCCUGGUAUUACCCUCAAGGAAGAAACAGUCACGUUCUGCGACAUCGCCAUAUGGGAGAUGUGGUUCGACGGGUCCAGGACAAGGCAGGGGGCAGGCGCCGGAGUACACAUCAUCACGCCCUUGGGGGCAUCCUACCAGUUGUCAUUCAGACUCCAGUUUGAGUGUACCAAUAAUCAGGCAGAAUAUGAGGCCCUCAUAUUCGGUUUUGAAAUUUUAGCCGAGCUAGGGGCAAAGGCGAUCAGCGUAAAAGGGGAUUCUUUGGUAGUCAUUAAACAAGUGACAGGAGAAUUCAAAUGCGAGUCCGAACUACUGGUGAGAUAUUGCAACAAGGCGAAGCACCUGAUCGAAGGCUUUCAAGAUGCGAGGAUAGAGUACACAGAGAGGGCCGAUAAUAAUGUGGCGAAUGACCUAGCUCAGCACGGUAGCAGGUACAAGGUAAACCUCCAGUUCCAUGCGAUAGAAAGGGAGACGCCGAAUCUCCAUACUGGGGGCAUUACUAUCGACGAAAAGCAAUUCUCCAUCUACCAGCUGGAUGUUACCCAAGAUUGGAGGGCCGAGCUCCUGAGGUGGUUCGAAAAACCAGACCCCACGAAUAGAAGGCUAAGGACUUUAGCCCUGAAUUACGUGGUGUUAGCCGGCGAAUUAUAUAAGAAGGGCUUUGAAGGGCUACUAUUCAGAUGCAUCGGCCCAAAAGAGGCAAUGCUUGUAAUGGCCGAGGUACACGAAGGAAUAGCAGGCGCUCACCAGGCGGGCCCCAGAAUGAGGUGGCUUAUCCAUAAAUACGGCUUUUAUUGGCCGAAAAUGGAACAGGACUGCAUAAGAUAUGCCAAAGGUUGCGAAGCCUGUCAGAAAUUCGGCCCGAUACAGCACGUCCCGACCGAAGAUCUGCACUCCAUCAUCAAGCCAUGGCCAUUCAGAGGAUGGGCAGUCGACCUAAUAGGGAAGGUAUACCCUGACUCGUCAGACGGUCACACUUUUGUAAUUAUUGCCACUUGCUAUUUUACCAAAUGGGUUGAAGCUAAGCCAUUGAAAUCACCAACGCAAGAAGCUGUAAUUCAGUUUUUUAAAGAGUACAUUGUCCACUGGCACGGGUUGCCCGAAUCUAUAACCACAGAUCAAGGGACGAUGUUUACGAGAGGCGAUAUAGUUUGGUGGGCUUCUCAGAUGAAGAUUAAAAUGUUACAUUCAACGCCAUACUACGCUCAAGCCAACGGACAGGCCGAAGCCACGAACAAAGCUAUCAAGCUUAUAGUUCAAAAAAUGAUUGAAGAAAACCCAAGACAGUGGCAUGUGUUCUUAUCAGAAGCAGUUUGGGCGAAUAGAACCAGCCAGAAACUGGUGUAUGGUUAUGACGCGAUGUUGCCAAUGGAGCUGACAGUCACGUCUACUCGCCGCAGAUACCAGAGCGAAUCGUCCAAAGACGAUUACUUCGAUAAAAUGGUGAUAGAUUCUCUUGACCUUGACGAAGAACGUUUGACAGCGUUAGAUCACCUUGAAGCCCAGAAAAGAAGGGUCGAGAGGGCUUACAACAAACGGCCAGAACUGGAAGGCCCCUUUAUUGUGGUCAACAAGUUAACAGGCGGUGCUUACUUGUUGGCGAACAUUGAUGGGGAAGAACACGACAGGGCGAUCAACGAUCAGUUCCUGAAAAAAUACGUCCCUAGUUGUUGGGAGGGCGUAGACCGUCGGUUAUUUGGAGCCAACGAGGAAUAG